AUGUCACAAUUCCGCCGUGCCCCAGUGGGCAACACCAGCAUCCUGGGCGCGCUGCAGGCGACGUCGCUGUCGGAGACCAAGGCAUCACUGCCGGCCGAAAUCCUAGCUUCGAUCCUCGACUACCUCCCCGUGUCCGACCUGAUGCGGUUCGCGUGCGUGUCGCGCCGCAUGCAGGAGAUGGUGUACGACGACACGCGCUGGGUCGCCCGCCUCAAGAGCAUGGGCUGCUGGGACGAGGCCGAGGCCCGGCGGCGGUGGGAUGAGGCGGUGGCGCGGAAGCAGGCCGCCGGCGAGAGGGAGCGGCGCGCGCCUCAGGUCACAAUCUUUGAUGCCACGGCGGCGGGGUCAGGGGGUUAUGGGGGAGGGGGAGGGGGAGGGGCUGGCGGAGGCGGCCGUGGAGUCGCGGAUGUCAGUCGCGGGUUCGAGCGGAUGAGCGUGGGCGGCAUGCCGGCGCUCGUGCCGCAGCAGCCCGGUCAGGCGCAGCGGACCGCGGCGGACCUGGCGUCGCCAACACCAGGAGUGGGAGACGACAGCCCGAUGCUGCAGGACUCGAACGCAGUGCUGGAGGUGCUGAACAGGGUCAAGAGCGUGCGGGGCCGGGCGAGGCAGGAGUACGCGCGCAUCUACGGUGCUCUGGGCCCGUUCUACUACGACCUCGUGCGGGCGCGGAGCCACAACGACCCAGUGCUGUUCCGAGUGUUUCGAGAUCCGGAGCGCCAGGCGCGGAUGCUCUCGAACCUCCUCACGUUCUCGCGCAGCGACUGGGCCGAGGGGGCGCGCGAGAGGGAGGAGAAGGUCACGGGCAUGAUGGGCAUCUUUGAGACGGCGGUGCUGCGCGAGUUUGAGCAGGGGUACGAGCUAUGGGACGUCGACGGCCGGAUGAAGAGGUACGCGCACGUGCUAGAUGCGCUCAAUGGGGGUAAUGCGGCCGUCGAGCUUUUCAUCGCCAAGCACCCGCUCUUCACGGACCGCGACGUGCUCCCCGAUUCGGUUGAGUGCCUGACAAAGGUGGAAGGGGUGGAGAGCAUCUCCCUGGAGCCUUCGAGGCGGUUUUUUGAGCUGCUAGCCGGUAAGCUCAACGAGCAAGGGAUGUUGAUGGCCAAGAUAUUUCCCAAGCCCAACACGGUGUUUUGGACGUUUGUGGAUAAGAUCAAGGACGACGUCAUCAUGGAGUACUGCACGCCCUUGUUCGACGAGAGCCAUGAGAGGAGCCUGGCGUCGUAUCUACAGGCGGUCUCGGGCGUGUUUGAGCAGGCGUAUCUGUUCUACAGUUCGCUACAGGUCCCUAAUGGGACCAAGGAGGAGUCUGAAGAGAAGGCCAAGGAGAUGGCGUUGCGGACUUUCGAGCCGCACUUGGAUUUGUACCUGCAGGAAGAACUGGAUUUCUUCAUCAAAAACGCCGAGAACGAGGUGCAGGUCUUCGAGACCAGACUUUCGGAGCUGGAUGCCAGCGCUGAAUCCUUUUACAUGAGCAACUUCAACCGACAGGCGGACAAGAAGGAUUUUUUGAGCUCCUUCAAAAAGGUCGUAAUGAUGCCGGUGACCGUACUUCCCAGUCUACCAGGGCAACUCUUGACAGCACCGUUUGGGGGAGGUAGCAAAUCGUCAGCAGCCACUCCGUCGUCAAAUGGCGAUACUCUGCAGCCCACGUCAUUGUCACAGCCAGCUCGCUCACAAAGUCCGGGCAUGGCCGGUGCGUUUGAGCGAAGAGGCAGUCCGCUGCCUGAGCAGGGCGAGGCGCCAACCGACGAACUGGCGGCCAAGGCGGCCCUGAUGGCAUCUCGUCUCGAAGGCAUCAAGUCGCUAUUCAGCAUCGAAGUGGCGCUCAGCCUAGUGCACGCGGCAAAGACGAGCCUCGGACGCGCGGCCGUCUUCAUCCGGCUCGGCGGGCAGGUGGGUGGCGAGGCGCGCGAGCAGUGCGAGGCCAUCUUUGUCAACCUCCUCCGCAUCCUCGGCAACCGCCACAUCAAGCCGGGCUUCGACAAGGCGGUCGGCCACCUGGCGCACUACAACCCGCGCGACGUCACGGACCACGAGAAGGGCGGCGUGGCGCCUUUGGUCAUGUUCAUCGAGCUCGUCAACCUCGGCGACCUCAUCUCGCAGAUGAUUGACGUCUUUUACGAGCAGCAGCUCGCGGCGCCCAAGAUCGCCGACCGCAACGACUUUCUGGACGCCAGCGGCCUCGCCAAGAAGAAGUUUGAGCAGAUGCUGGACGAGAGCGUCGCCGCGGGCCUUAACAAGGGAAUCGACGUGCUCAUGGACGAGGUCGAGUACAUUUGCGCAACGACGCAGCUGCCGACCGACUACAACCCCAUUCCUGGCGGUGCGACAGCAGGUGGGGAGAAGAACGGGAGCGGCGGUAGCGGCGGCGGCGGCGGCGGCGGCAACACGGCGGGCGACCUCGACAUCGGCCCGACGGAGACGGCAAAGCGUGUGGUGGAGCUCGUGUCAUCGCACACGCGCAUGCUGGUCGGGACGACGGAAAAAUCGAUGCUGGACGUCUUCAACGGCGAGGUGGGGCUGCGGCUGUUCCAGGCCGUAUGCAAGCACCUCAAGCGGCAGCGCGUGUCCACCGACGGGGCCAUCAAGGUGAUAUCGGACAUGAACCUGUACUUUGAGUACAUACGCUCGCUUAAAAACGCAGACCUGCUCCCUUACUUCAGGGCGCUGCGCGAGCUCUCGCAGAUCUACCUCAUCGACCCGCGCCACUCCAAGGAGAUGGCCACCAUCAUCGCCGACGGGGAUCGAUUCGGUGGUGUCUUCCGCGCCGAGGAGGUCUACAAGUUCGCCGAGAGGCGGGCCGACUGGUAUCAGGUCAAGAGGGAUGUCGAGAAGGCCAUGUAUGGCCUCGAAUGUGCGCUCAUGUGA